CUCGGUUGUUGUAUGCUCACAUACCUACAGGGUUUAGAUCUACUACUUACAGCAAAUUUGUUAGAAAGAACGGUAUUGUAAUACAUGAUAACUGACAGCGAGGACCUAUGUCCCGUGCACAUGAAGGCAUUCAGUGUAAAUUGUGGAAGACGUGUAAACUAGACCGUGCUUGGCUCUUAGGUGUUGCAUUACGGAGCAGACUUUCACUUCAGUUCAACAUGGAGAACCUUAGCAAUGAAUCCGCUGCAGUGGAUCAGGUUGCAGGUUCCAUGCUUUUCAACAAUUUUUUUUGCAGAAACACAACGAACAUGUCAGUUUUGGAUGGAAACAGAUGUGACAGAACAGACAUUCUAAAUGAUUCAGCCCCAGUGGUUAUUGCUAUCAUCAUCACAGCCUUGUAUUCUAUAGUUUGUGUGGUGGGGCUGGUCGGAAAUGUGCUGGUCAUGUAUGUAAUCAUCAGGUACACUAAAAUGAAAACAGCAACCAACAUCUAUAUUUUAAAUUUGGCUUUGGCUGAUGCUUUAGCCACUAGUACUUUACCUUUCCAGAGUGUUAACUACCUGAUGGGAACAUGGCCUUUCGGUGCCGUGUUGUGCAAGAUUGUAAUGUCUAUUGACUACUACAACAUGUUCACAAGCAUCUUUACCUUGACCAUCAUGAGUGUCGAUCGAUAUAUUGCUGUAUGCCACCCAGUCAAAGCACUGGAUUUCCGCACCCCAAGAAAUGCAAAAAUUAUUAAUGUGUGCAGCUGGAUUUUAUCUUCUGCAAUUGGACUGCCUGUGAUGAUAAUGGCGACAACAACAAAUGACAGCAAUGGCAAGUACUUUUUAUAUGAAUUUAUUCCAUUUGCAGGUGUUACAGACUGCAUACUGAAAUUCCCCCACCCUUCCUGGUACUGGGAAAACCUGCUGAAGAUCUGCGUCUUCAUCUUUGCUUUCAUCAUGCCUGUCCUCAUCAUAACCGUCUGCUAUGGGCUCAUGAUUCUUCGUUUAAAAAGUGUACGCAUGCUGUCUGGCUCCAAGGAGAAAGACAGGAACCUCAGGAGAAUCACUAGAAUGGUCCUGGUUGUCGUGGCCGUGUUUAUUGUUUGCUGGACUCCGAUCCACAUCUACGUCAUUAUCCAAGCUUUAGUCACUGUCCCAAACUCCUUGUUCCAGUCAGUAGCCUGGCACAUCUGUAUCGCUCUGGGUUACACCAACAGCUGCCUCAACCCUGUCCUUUAUGCUUUUCUUGACAAGAACUUCAAGAGGUGUUUCCAAGAGUUCUGUAUCCCUACUUCCUCAAUGAUAGAGCAGCAGAACUCCAUCCGAACCCGAAACCUAAACCGAGACCACAACUCCAGUGCACAGACUGUGGAUAGGACUAACCUUCAGGUAUGACUAGCUGUAGAGAUGUCAUCCCUGCCCUCACAUUUCCAUGCCAGUGAUGACAUGAAUUCAGAAGUCACUCAAGUCACAACAGGGCUUUGACAAUUAAACAGUUGUAGAUAAUAUAACCGUUAUAUAUUGCUAAAACCCCUGUUUCAAAGAGGAUGCAUUCGUUAGAUCUCCUGUCUUGUUAAUCUGGGGCAUCAACCGAGUCUAAAUAAUGUAUCCUCCGAGAUUAAGGGGUUUUACAAAUGUAUGCCCCAUGGAGAUUUUUAGUGUCACAUUUAAUUAGCUUUUAUGUUAUGAUAGUUUUACUGAGUAAAUGUAGGUUUAAUUUUAGUAUUUUAAGUAUGUUUCUCAAUUGUUGAUAGUAUAAUUGGUUCAUUCUUGAUUGUGAAGUAAUUGAGAGACAGAUGUUGUAGAGAGGCGAUUGGCUGAAUACACGGUACAAGCAAUGUUAGGUGGCUUUCUAUCAUUUUGCGCAUUAGUAUGGAGGAAUGGAACACUUCCUUUUUUAGUGGCAUUGAAGCACGAAGAUGUUAGUUUGUCAGACAUUUGUACUCUAAAGGUGACUUGUUGGCAACAGGAGAAAAUAUAGAACAGUGCCAGGUCUGUUUCAGUUACCCUAUAACAGGAAAUUAACUUUAUAAAGCUAAAAAAAAAAAAAGUGCAUUUAAUCAUCAGAUUUGUUUACUUACCGAGCAGUCUGUUUUGCAAGCUUUCUUUAAAUGCAGAUAUCCCCUUUUCCUUUCUCCACUGUUCAGAUUCUUUCAGCAAACUACAUACCUUAAAACAUUUGAUUAGAAGAGAGAGGUUUAUUUCACUUCAGUUAGCUUUGUUUAUCCCCUUUCAGUGCCAUGCUUCUAGCACGGUGUUCACUGCUGCAGCUCUGACCUCUCAACCUCUCCCAUUCUUCUUUAAGGGACAGAAAUACAUUAUUUGCAUUUUAACCAUUAACAUAUCAUUUUAAUUUCAAUAUUUUUCAAACAUAGGCUACCUUUAAGUUAAUAUUUGUUACCAUGAUGUUAAAUGUCAUGUAGCCAUUUUUUGGCUUUAUGUUAUCCCAAAUGUACAUUGUUAAAUUAAUUAAAAUUGUAUUAACUAGAUUGGUAGCUGAGAAUUAAUAGCAUAUAGGAGUUUUAAUGGAAAUGCAGAGUGUCUCAGUGCUAUAUGUAAUAAAUUCUCCUUUGUUUAAAAAUCUCCACGGGGUAUAAAUAGGUACAACUGCUUGGCUUAUGGCUGUAAUCCAUAACCUUUCCAUAACCUUUUAAACAGUUAAGCUUUUUAAAAAAAAGUUAUGCUUUGAAACUAAUUACAGUAUGUGUUCUAUAUACAUGGCAGUUUUGUCCCCUAUCAGUCCAGGUUUUUGUUUAAACCAACUCCCUUUGUAAUUUAUCUAAUGUUUAUGCUAAGACUGUAUGUGCAGUAAUACUAACUUUUUUUUUUAUUAAAGUUUACCAUGACAGAUGUGCACAGCAACUUAAUAGUUUACCAUACUCUUUGUGUGCUUUAUAGUGGUUAACCAUGGUUUUACUAUGCUUAACAAUACUUACAGAAGCUACGAUUGUACCAUGUGUGCCUUUACUUUACCAUUCUUUCACUCCUUCUUAUGCUUUUAUCAUGGUAAACUGCUGUCAAAUUUUAGAAGGGGAACACAGGAAGAAAAGUGUGCACAAGACAAUCUUUUACUGUUAUAAAAGGCAUAGCACAACCACUGUAGCUGCAGUCUGCCUGUAAGACUUAUGUGCACUGAAAGAUCAUGCUUGAAAAUGAAAACCUGCUUUGUAUUCAAGGGUAUACAUACUGUAUAUAAGAAUGUCUUAAGUCUUUUAAUUGUACAGGUUUGUAUCCUAAUGCAGGCCGCAAUGUAAAUAUUUCAACGAAAAAAUUUGAAUAAGAGUUCUUAAACUCUGCACACUACAUUUUCACUUUAUAAUCUUGUACAUGUAAAAUAUAUAUACUCUAUUUCUCACUAUUCAAAUGUUUCCUGUUAAAAUGUUUUCAGAUUUCAACAUUGCCUAAAAAGCUGUUUAUUUUAUGUAUAACUAUCAAUUUUUCUAACUCAACAAUGGCACACUGUAUAAGAGUUGAGAUGACAGCUCUUAACAGCUCCACUGAGGUAAUGGAUAAGAAAAACAAUAAUAAAUAGAACUGAAGAUGCAGGUCUUGAAACCUUUUGUGAGUAUUAUAGUAUGUAGACUGCAAUGUGCCCUAAAGCAACACCAAACUAUAAACUAUAACUAAAUGUACAGUAAAUCAGAAGAAGGAUGUGAAAUAGACUUAACCAUUGACCUAAGAAUACAGUCAUCCCUAAUUAUACAGCCAAGUACAGGACAGAAUGGCAAUAUAGUGUGCGAUCAGAAUAUUACAUUUUUAGUACAAAAAUGACACUAUUGUGUUGUGUAAAAUAAAUAACAUAGAGGAUCAUAUAUCAAAGAAUAAGUAGUUAUGAGUGUCUUGUACUAAAGUGAGUAAGACUACAAUGCAUUAAUGUACAUGUGCUUGGCUUGGUGCUUUGACAGAUGGUGAACCGCUAGAGUGGGUGGUAUAACAAAUGCAAAUUAUGCAUGUUAUAUUGCUGCACAUCGGUUCCAAAUGAAUAGCUUGUGGAAUAAUAGAGUGAAAUAACCGGGGCAGUAUAACAAGGGUAGACCGAACUUUAAACUUGGGCGCAGGUCAAGUAUGUCUCUUGCAAUUUUAAAUGACAUAACAUGAUUAUAUUGUAACAUAUUUUAAAUGUUAUUCAAAUAUAUAUGCACUUAUUUACCACAAUAUGAUUAUUUCCAUCCAUUUUAAAUCAUGCCCACUAUUUUUGUGGCCAGGAUAUACCUAUAUCAUAGUAGGUGGGUGCCUUGUAUUUGUCAUGAUAAUGUUGAUGUUUAAUUAAGUACAGUAUACACAGUUUGUAAAACAGGUUUAUAAUGAUAAUGUCAUUAUCUUCUCUAUGUGUGGUUGUUUAAAAUGUAAUUUACAUAUUUGUUUUUUUUUACACAGCGCUGUAAAUAAAUAGCAGUUAAGGAAAUGGUGAUUCAGUACAAAUGAUAGUGGAUACCCAAAUGAAACCAACAUUUACUGUAAAGCUUUUUUGUGCAUCUCAUUGUAUAAGAAGUUCUAAGAAAGGUGAUACAAAAAAAUGUAUCUUGAUUUGUCCUUAAACUUUACUUGAUUUAAACCUGAAAUGAACAUUACAUCCUGUUAAAUGCAUCUAGAAUGUUAAUUAUUACUUAGUUAUGAUGUUAUGCUAUGCCAUUGUAAAGUAGUUGUUUUUUUGGUUGUGUUCAAAUAACCCCAUCUCACAUUUGCACGGCAGCAGCCUCUCCAAGAUGGACUUUUAAAUUUGGUGUAAACUUGUUUCCAAUAAGAGAACACAGGUAGCUAAUGGUCGAUCUAAGGAAACCAACUAAAUAUUACCAUGCAUAUCACACACAACAAUAAAAGACACAAUUGGUUCUACAUAUACAGUAAUUACUUGGGUAAAUGUUCUGUCACAGAUAUUUUACAAAACAUCAACGACCAAAGUGUGCCUUCCUUUUUAUGUUAACUUUAGUGGAGUUCAGGGGGCGUGAGCCAGGGCUUCGCCCCUUCCUAAUUUCACCUGCCUUUCAUUAUGGACUAGUUUCACCUGUCUAUCAUCAUUGACUCCUUAUUUAAACCCAGUUCAGCUCAGCUCUUUCUCUUGUGUUUUGCUUUUUUGCAUAUGCUGCGACUCGUUCUCCCUCCAUGCCAGAUCUCCUCAAAAUAUUGCAUUCAUUUAUCCGAUUGAAGCUCAGUACCGUCUACUUCUAAUGCAGACCUCUACCCAGCAACCAGACCUGAUGCCCCGGCACUACAGAGAUGAAAAUGCCCCCGCCAGCAGGCUCAGCCUCCGGAGCAGCUAUUUUAUGAGGAUUGGCCACUCGCCAAACUCUUAAAAACCCUGCACGACAACAAUGUCAACAUCCCGGUUAGAAGCGAGCAUAUGGCGUUGAUCAAUAAUAAUUGAUCUGUAUAUCUGCUACACCCAUGUUGCCUCCUUCUCGCAAGCGCGCUUCCGCAAACGUGCUCGCCCACAGUCCCAGGACAGGCUGCAGCAGCCCCUCCUCUCCAGCACAGCGCAGCCGAACAGAUCCCAUCCUUCAGCUUCAUAACAACAUUUUCGGGGACAUGAAGUCCUUCAUUCACCCCAUUGCUUCAAUUAAUACACGGCUUAAAGAUAUGGACAAACGGGUUGCUUCCAACACUGCAGCACUCUCCAUUACUUCAAGCCCAGUAUUCGCCACUUCAAUCAUGGCCGCCGUCUUCGGGUUCAGAACUUCUGAUCUCCACAGCUGACCCAUGUACAACCGGACAUCAGCCAUCCUCAAUGGUCCACAGCAAAUGCCUGUAGUCAGAAAUCAAGUCUAGCGACCACAUAUGGUUCAUUUCAUUUUAUUUUUCUGAAAGGGAAUAUUUUCAAGUACAAUUCUGAUUUAGACUGCUUGCAAGUACUAAGAAAUGGCUGAGUUGUUGUUUCUGUCAAGUUUCAUUUUUGGAAACAGGCUUCACACUGCUAUUUUACUGGACUUUCCCAUCCUGUACGCUUCCAGUUUUUACUGCUACUGAACUAAAGAUAUUUUUAUAAUUUCUGUUUUACCCCGGCAAAGCCAAAUUUCACUCACUGCCCCUGCUUGCUCAGCGCCACCAGCAAUGCCUUGUCAACAAUAAACACUCAUUUAGAUGGCUUAGACAGUCGUUCCAGCACCAUUGCAGUUCCUCCUUCAGCCUCUCAUGCCAAUAUCCGCCCCCUCCUUCAUUGCAUCUUCUGUUUCAGCGGCUCCAUUGCUCACCCCAGCCCAGGUAGCUCCAGCCCGCCCCCAUCUAUCAGCAUUGCAGAGUACAACCUAGUUACAGCAUCUGCUUCAGGCUCCCAAUCAGCAGCUGCCAUCCGACGUCACGCCCUCUCCCCGUUGAUCUGAAGUCAAGACACACAUACGGUCUGCACCGCCCCGCGGUCACAGAUACACAUACGCUGUGCACCCACCUGGACAAAGAAUUCACGGACGGCCCCUUCCCAGCUUCGUUCCCCGUCUUCAGAAUUAGCCCCAUUGGAAUAGCGACCUGCAAGAUAUCGGGAAAAGUGCCUAAUAAUUGAUCUUUUCACCCCGAGAGGCAGUUCCACUCCAGUCUCAACGCCCUAAUUCCCCACGAUCAAUUCUCCCUUUGUUACAUUACAGCUUCCGAUGCUAUUAAAUCCAUCAAAGCAGCAGGCCACGGCACCUAGCUUGCAAAAGCGGAUAUUUUAGAUGCUUUUAAAUCAUGCCUAUUCAUCCCUCCUUCCACCACCACCAUCUGCGAUCUCUGUUUUCUUCAGUAGGUGUCCCACUCUCAAGAUAAACCAUCGGCCGAACUAGAAUUCCUCGGAAUCACCCAGGACACUGUCAAAUCCGAAGCCAGCCUCCCACUCGACAGUCCUGGAACGCAUUCGUCAGCUCAUUAACAACUUCCAAGUAUCAAAAUCAAUCUCAAAACGCAACCCGUUAUCUCCCCUCGGACACGUCAAUUUCGCAAUUCGCAUUAUUCCCAAGGCUGAACAUUCUUAUCGUGCCUUCUUGCUCUCACCUCAACUGCAAAAACCUGGAUUCUCACGUAAAAUAUUUUUCAGAAUCAAGAAACCCUCCUCCAGAGCUUCCAACGCUCCAGCUUUCCUCCAAUACUCGGAUCGUGGCAGCCAUUUCCGCAGUCAAGGCUAACGCUAAUCUCCAUCUAAUAUGUCCGCUCAUCCUCUCAAAAACUACAAACAUUAAUACAUGGUGAGGACUGGAAAUCUGUCUUGAUUAUGAGUUAAGGAGUUCCACUAUUAGGAGAAUGACUGGAGUUGUGAAACCUUUUCCAUUCCAAACAGACAUGAUAGUAGCAAACCGCUGAUCAAUCCUGUAUUAACUAACAUAUAGGAUGGUCUCUCUAGACAUCAGAAUGUGGUACACCUUGCUGCAACACUGGAACAAUCAACAAAUGAAGUUCCAGCAGCUCAUCUUUAAUUGUUUGGAUAUCAGUUUCCCCACAAUUUUCAUCAUCCAAGCUCGCCAUCUUCCAAGCAUCUACAAUAAUGCAGUCAUGCCAGCAGUACAUCUAACACUGAGGAAUCACCAAGAACCCCCCCCCCCCCACCCCAACAUCUCCUUCCAGACUUCCUAUAAUUGCUCCAAAAGCAUCAUUACCAGACACUGGUUCUCUUCCCACUUCUCCACUCUUGUCACCAGAGCAGGUCUUUCUCCAAUAUUCUACACCACACACUCCUUCAGGAUUGGCGCAGCCUCUUCAGCAGUCAGAGCCUGCAUCAGCCAUCACCUGAUCAAGACCAUGGGGCAUUGGUCCUCUUCAGCAGUCAACUCCUACAUCUGAUCGUUGCCAUCUGAUAUCACUGCAGCUCACCAGUCUAUAGCUAGUAUGCCUGGAGUGGGGGCGCCCUCUCUGCCAGGGCCACCAGAGGUUUUCCC